AUGCAGUCCUUGAAGAUCAGGCUGGUUGUCUUGUGCGGCCUCAAGGCCCUGCUUGAGGGGGUGAGCCGGGCCAUCGUGGAAAGCAACCCGGAUGACAUUGCCGAGUUUUUCGCUCUCUGUUUGCAAGAGCUCAUCGCCUUUCGGAAAGGGCAUCCAAAUCUGGAUGUGACAGAACUGGUUGAAAAGUUUGAGUUCAUUAGUGAAAAUGGGAAUGAGGGACCGGAAGAGACGACAUCAGACUGCACAGAUACUCUGUUUUCUGGGGAGCCCAAGCAAAGGGACAAGUGUACUGACACAGAGGAAGACCAGCUCCUUGAAGAACCUGAUAUUCAGUAUAGCUCCAAAGAAACUCAACACCCAUCAAUUGCCAGUUUCAUUGCAGAAAGCAAAUCCCCCCCUGGAUCUGAUGGAGCUUUAUACCCCGAGGGACCUGAGCUGGUGUACGUCCCUGCUGAGCUCACACAGCUUGCUGCCCACGCGCUAGCCAUGGCAUCAAAUGAAGCAGGCCAGCCACCACCACAUUCUAAUGUGUGGACCCUCUAUUGCCUUACUGACUUGAGAGAAGGCCAAAAAUCGCCACCACCCCUUCCUCCUGCUGGAGCUGGUGCUCCUCAUUCCCAGGAAGCCAUCAGUCUUUCCAGGGGAGGAUAUCAACAAUGCGGUCACCUGUCACAAGUAUUUGUGAUGCAAGAGGGCGGCAAGAGGGGAGACGCUCCACCUUUCAUUUCAGUGGGCUCUAAUGUUCAGGACACACAAGACUGGAAGCCCCUUCCUGGCCAUGCUGUCUUUGCACAGCAAGCCCUAAGAACUGGGAGGAGAUUCGCUGCAGUCCCAGUGCCGGUUGCCAGGCUGGCUGCUGAGGAGCCAGCUAUGGCAAGCCCCAGUUCCAGUUCCGCAGACAGAACUGGGGCUGCACCAUGCACACCCGAGGUUCUCUCAGUCGCCAUCCCGCUGGAUGAGGUGAUGAUGUCUGCACAGGCUCACCAGCUGGGGAGGAGCACGCAGGUUGAGAAGAGAGGCUGCUUGGACUGCAGGAAGAGUUCAGGAGGAAUGGAGUUGACAUUGCAAUAA